AUGUCUGGAAUAAAGAGACCCAGGAGUAGCGAAUGUGUGUUACCUUACUACACAGCCCACAGCUACCGUUCAAUGGGUGUGUUCAAUACCUCCAUGGGGGACCUGCAACGACAACUGUACAAGGGAGGAGAGUACGACAUUUUCAAGUAUGCACCCAUGUUUGAGAGUGAUUUUAUCCAGAUUAGCAAAAAAGGAGAGGUGAUUGAUGUUCACAACCGUGUUCGAAUGGUGACAGUGGGCAUCGCCUCCACCAGCCCCAUCCUUCCACUACCUGACGUCAUGCUGCUGGCCAGACCUGCUAAAGUCUGUGAAGAGCAUGCCAGACGUGGCCAGACCAUUAAAGGGAGAGGACGGAAGUCUGCGAAGACUCUAGAGCUCACCAGGCUACUUCCCUUGAAGUUUGUCAAGAUCUCCAUCCACGAUCGUGAGAAACAGCAACUGCGUUUGAAGCUUGCCACAGGCCGGACUUUUUAUCUGCAGCUUUGUCCCUCUUCAGAUGUACGAGAAGACCUCUUCUGCUACUGGGAAAAGCUUGUCUAUCUUCUGAGGCCACCAGCAGAGAGCUGCAGCAGUACCCCAACAAUUCAGACUGGGGACGGAAAUACUGAGGAUGACAAAAGUCUACUGGCCUCAGACAUCCAUGGAGAAGGAGAUCAGGAUUCUGGGCUUCUAAAGCUUCAGGAACUGUCUGGAGCCUCCUCUUCUGCUUAUGCUGGAGGAGAGGGACUUCAAGGUGCUAUUGCAGCUGUCAUCAGCACUUCAGGAUCUACCAAAGAAGGAGCAAUAGCAGGGACAACAGGUGGCUUGACUGUUGCAGGGGCAGCAACAGGAGGUGGGUCAGCAAACAGCCCUGCCUCAGGUGCUCUAGGUAUAGCAGCCACCAUGCCUGGAGGUGGAGGCUCCAGCCCGGUAACUGCAGCCCUGGCAGGAGCAGCCACCAAGGAUGCAGGAGAAGCUGGACCUAGCAAGGCUUUAGCAGUUGCUGUCUCCUCAGAAGAAGUGAAUGUAGCCUUGGCUGGUGCUGCAAGCGGUUCCACUGGGCAAAGCUCCUCAGGUGGAGCUGUCAGCAUCUCCCCAGGCAGCAGCAUGAGUGUGGUGUUUGCAGGGACUGUAAUGACCAGUACAACAACCAAGACAGGAAAAGAUGAAGCAGCUGCGGUGGCACCCCUCGUAUCAACCUUGCAGAGCGAAGGCUAUAUGUGUGAACGGGAUGGAAGCCAGAAGGUUUCCAAGACCAGCAGUGAAGGCCGGAAGGAAAAAAAGGAAAAAAAAGAAAAGAAGGACAAACAUGCCAGUAGGAAAAGUUCCCGGCACCGGAGAGCAGGUGAAACCCAUCACAAGGCAAGCAGGGAAAAGAGCCGGAAAUCAUCCUCCCAUAGGUCUGUAUCUGAACACCACGGAAAAACAAAAGAUGACAGGAAAGACAAAGGACACAGGAAAGGACGCGGCUCAUCUCACAAAAGUGCCAGCCAUAGUUCCUCUACCAAGGAGUCCAGGAAAAUUCACAAAGUGGGGAAGAGCCGAUCUGCAACUAGUUCAGUUAACUUAAGUAAGAAAUCCAGUAAAAUUGGCUCUUUUUUGAGGAGCUUCAUGGUUAUGCCCAGUUCAAAAACAGUUGUUACAUCACGUGAUAGAGAGCUAGACAUCGUGACCAAGACGGUGGAAAAGCACAACAUAGAGGGGAAGGUGGAGAGAGCCCAGGAAGGCAAGGAUCUAGAGAUCUCUGGUACUGUGACAUCUGAGAUGACAGAAAGGUUCAUCUUUGAAGCCAAAUCCAUUUAA